CGUUGCUGCUGCUGUUCCCGUUGCUGCCACUGCCGUCGCCCUAGCUGCAGUCGCCCUAGCUGCCGUCGCCUCCACCCUUGCUGCCAUCGUUGUCAGCCGCUGCUCCAGUCUUCUCAGCCGUUGCUUCCGUCUUCUCAGGAACUUUCUUCCUGGAUUGGGAAGCAGCAUUGCUGAAAAAAAGUUAGCUUGAUCAUUUUGUUGUACAUUUGCAUGUGCUGAUCACUCGUGAAAUAAAGGAAGAAUCGAGUAAACCCAACUCAAAAGAGAGGAUUUUAUAUUACAACUUAAUAAUCGACUUCAGUUCUCUGUAUUGCAACAGGUUUCCAUAACAUCCAUGUCUGCCUUAGUAUUUGUACCCCCAGUUUACACAUUCACUAGAAUAACAACCAGACUCAAACCCAAACCAAAGCACAAAGUCAAAACUAGUCUUUCACUCACCACAACCCCAGUAAUUCAAGCUGGCUUCUCUGACCCCUUUGUUCUCCAACUUGCAGAGACCCUUGAAGAUUCCCUCUCUCCCUCUCCCUCUCUCCAAAAACUCAGGGAUUCCUGCUCUGAAUCUCUUCUUUCCACCCCUUGGCCCUCACGUAGAGAUGAGCCCUUUCGGUUCACUGACACUUCACUUAUCAAGCAAUCUCAAAUACAUCCGAUCUCCAAGCCACCACCAAUUGAUCACCUAACGGACAUUUCCAAAGAUGCCCAAUUGCCCAAUAUUGUUAUUGUCGAUGGGUUUAUUUUGAAUUCUAUGUCGAAUUCAUUAAAUUUUCCUGAUGGAGUUUUUGUAGGUAGCAUGUUAAAUGACCCUGAAGAUAAAAUUGCCAAAUUGGUGUCCAAAUACUUUGAUGAUUUCCAGUGGGGCGAUUUAUUUUGGUCUAUUAAUGGAUUAGGGGCACCAGAUGUUGCUGUGAUUUAUGUUCCUGCAGGAGUUAGAGUAGAGAACCCAAUUCAUUUGAGGUAUGUUUCAGUUGAGGGAGGAGAGGAGGGAUCUAACAAACUUCCAGUGUCAAAUCCAAGGGUGCUAGUGGUGGUGGAGGAGGGAGGAGAAGUAGGGAUAAUCGAGGAGUUUGUUAGCAUAGGGAGUGGUGAUAAAUGUUAUUGGGCAAAUUCAGUUUUAGAAGUGAUGAUUGAAGAAGGGGCAAAAGUUAAGCAUUCUUAUAUACAGAGUCAAUCCUUAAAUUCUGCCCAUAUCAAGUGGACGGCAGUUCAACAGAAAUCAUCUAGCACCUAUGAGCUUGUUGAGGUAAGCACUGGUGGAAAAUUGAGCAGGCACAAUCUCCAUGUUCAACAGCUAGGCCCAGAUACAAGUACAGAGUUAUCAACAUUUCAUUUAUGCGUCAGCAGUCAAACACAAGAUCUACAUAGUAGGCUUGUCUUAGAUCAUCCAAGGGCUUAUUCUCGACAACUUCACAAAUGCAUUGUUGCUCAUUCACUAGGACAAGCUGUCUUUGAUGGGAAUGUAAAGGUCAACAGAUAUGCGCAACAGACUGAUGCUGGACAAUUAACGAGGAGCCUCCUUCUGGAACCUCGUGCAACCGUAAAUGUCAAACCCAAUUUGCAAAUUAUAGCUGAUGAUGUCAAGUGCUCCCAUGGAGCUGCAAUAAGUGAUCUUGAAGAAAGUCAGCUCUUCUACUUUCAGGCGCGUGGUAUUGAUUUAGAGACGGCUAGAAAGGCUCUUGUAUUUUCCUUUGGAGCUGAAGUAAUUGAUCGAUGUCCUUUCUCAUUUAUAAGAAAGCAAGUAGAGAGACAAGUCAAAGAAUUGCUGAGUUCAGCCAGUCAAGAAUCCUCAUAGCGGGUGGCAACAGAUGAUCUGGAGUUUUCAUACAAAGAUUUGCAUCAUUUAACAAAAAGAAACCAGAAUUUGUUAUCCUUCGUUGAUUUGAAGUAAAUUAUAUCUGCAUUGAGCUUCUCAACUUUCCAGUUGUUUUUCAUGCAUGCCAGGUAGAAAGUGUCCCAUGACUUGUAUGAACAAUGAUUUCUCUUCAAAAUUUUGGGUCAACAGAAACACCCGUAAUGUAAAUUUAUGAACAGAACAGAGGAAUAAAAUCAAGAAAUUUCAAUC